UCCGAGGACAUACAGUUUAUCCACGGACAGGAGAGGACACAUCAUCAUCAUCAUCAUCAUCAUCAUGUAGGAGACAGACUCAACAUCAAACUUCUCUCAGCAGCAUGUUGUCGGCGCCGCGCCGCAUGACGUCACCUCGCUCCGCCGCUGACUCCUGAUGUGAAAAAAACAAAAAAAAACCCAGGUAGGAUCGAUCGUGACCCGGGGACACGGAGGAGCAGAAAAUGGCAGCGGCAGACGUCCUCCACUUCACUCUGUGCAUUGCCACAGUCUUCACCACGGGACUCGGCUGCCCGGAGAUCUGCAGCUGCUCCGACAAAUACGACCGGCACGUUGCCGAAUGCUCCUACAAAGACAUCGCCGAAGUCCCGGACGGUUUUCCCUCCAACGUUACAACCGUGAGUCUCUCCGCCAACAAGAUCAGCCGGAUACCGCUGGGGAGCUUCGACAACGUCACCCAGGUGACGUCGCUGUGGAUGGCCCACAAUGAGAUCGUCUCCAUUGACCAAGGGACCCUCGCGCCUCUGGUUCAUCUGCGUAACUUUGACAUCAGCCACAAUAAAAUUGUGGACUUUCCCUGGGAGGACCUGCAGAACCUGACGGCCCUGCAUCUGCUGAAGAUGAACCACAACAAGAUGAGCCACCUGCCGAGGAACGCCUUCUCCAACCUCAAGGAACUGAGGUCCCUCCGACUCAACGAUAACAAAUUUACAACCAUAGCCGAGGGGACAUUGGACGGUCUGGUGUCUUUGUCCCAUUUACAGAUUUAUAACAAUCCGUUCGCCUGCACCUGUUCCCUCGACUGGCUCAGAGACUGGAUUUCAACCACCACCAUCUCAGUCCUGGAUCAGAAUUUGAUUACUUGCGCGAGUCCAGAGAAACUUAGAGGGGAGGUGAUCGGGAAAUCCCCCAAGUCAAAGUGCACAAGCCCAAAUGUCAUAAUACGAACCAAACCAAGUGUUCACAACUCGACGGUCUACGAGGGCAGCACGUUGGUCCUGACUUGCGAAUUCAAAGGAAACCCAAAGCCACUUGUCAUGUGGAGUAUUCAGAGUAGAAGCCAGAAGCAAGAACUGGCUCUGUCGUUCACCGAGGACGAGUCAGCGGAAUCAAAUGACGACUCGUCCCAUCGUCGCGUCAAAGUCUUUAAUAAUGGGACUCUAGUCAUUCCACACCUGAGGGACGAAGACGGCGGCAAAUACAGCUGUUCUGCCACAAACGAGUUUGGCAGAGCGGACGAUUCGGUGUCAGUGGAGGUGGUGGCUUCACCGAAACCAACACCCAUAAAACAAACGACCACGAAGCCCACUCACACUAAAAAACACCCGACUAGACACCAAACAACAGACAAACCAUCUGUUUUUGAUUCUGUGCGUCUGCCUGAUGUAAAGAGAAAAGACUUCCUCAAUGUUGUGCCUCCGCCCACUGCGGAGAUCACUUCUAAAUCUCACGAGGACGAAACAAAAUAUCCAUCACGUGCUAGUGAAUGUGGCCUGACAGCGAAUACAAGAUACAUUUCGAGCCACGUCUUCAACGGGAGCGUGGAUGACAUCAAGCAGUUAACAUUUGACUUUGGCGUCAUUGCUCUAGGGGUGUCGGAAACAGAGGCGACAGUGCGACUCAACCCUCUCCUCAUACCCAGAGAGAAGAGCGCCGACCGCGACGCCGCUGCCGCCUCAUCCGGGAGCAUCGACACCGACAGCGGAGAGAGUCGCGGCCUUUCAGACGUCCCCGAAAAAGUCCAGACCAAUGGCUUGUAUCUGUGCGUCACUACCGACCGCAAACACUCCGCCGUGCAGUGGUCGAGGAUCAAGGAAGGCGUCAACACGUAUCUGUUCAGCGGUUUACGCCCCGGCACCAACUACUCCCUGUGCCUCACCUACAGAGGGGAGGACUGCGAGGUCCAGGUGCUGUUCACCACCAGGAGGAGGGUACCCAACCUGCUGAUCAUCAUCUCGGUCAGCAUCUGCCUGCUGACCGUGUCGACUGUGCCCCUGCUCGGCGCCACCUGCUUCCACCUGGUGUACAAAUAUCGCGGCAAGACGUACAAGUUGAUCCUGAAGGCCAAGGACCAGUACCACAUGGAGAGGAACCUCGCGGGCAACUUCAACAUCCACCACCACGCGCCCCACACCGACUCUCGGAGGAGGAUAAACGGCAGCCAGCUGGACGAGGAGGUGGGCGAGACGGAGAGCGUGGACGGGGAGAAGGAGGCCGACACGGAGGAGAGUGUGGUGACCGAUUCGUUCACUUUGUCCCAGUGCCGGGGCAAUUUGGACGACUGCGAGGUCGGAUCUGAGUACAGCGACAGGUUACCUCUGGGAGCGGAGGCAGUGAAUAUAACAAGCAACUACAAAUAUCCAAAUCAGUAAAUGCUGAAUGUUUCUAUCAUCAUUUGUAGGGUUUUUUUAAUAAGGUACAAGUAAAAUGUAAACCAGGAUUGGGUUUUUUUUUCAGUUUGUGCCAAUGGUUAAGGUUCCUUUCAACUUUUGCAAAAGCAGCAUAGAAAUACUGGAGAUCUGACAAGACUCAAAAUAUAUUUGUUUUGCUAGCAGCUAACAGGCUCUAUCUAUUUAUCCUUAUCCCUGUUACACAUAUUUUGUAGCAGGAAAUAUCUGGAUUGGUUUUCAUCCCUCUCAUUCAUUCAUACAGUACUUCCAUAAACAACAUCUAGGAAACAAAAUUACAGCCAACUUGUGUACAACCAAAGUAGUAGAUUAGAUUACAGUUAUUUGUGUUUCAGGCAGAGACUUUCUCUCAAAUCAUGAGCAUAAAUAGUUUAGCAUUUCAUAAAAACUACACAUAUUUCCUUUUAAUUGGCAACAGAUGAGAACAGAAGUGAGUGAUGUCACUCUCUCAUCUGGUUGAGGUGAAGCUACAGGCAACCGUUCAAUUAGCUUACAGUAGCUUAGCACAAAGAUUGGAGAAUAGCUAGCAUGCUAACAGCUUUAGUUAAACUAGCUAGCUUACUACAAACCCUCAGAGGGUGUGCACCUUUGACACAACUGCCACAAUUCUGAAAAAGGUUUUGUUGUUAGUAGAAUUUGGAUCCAGAUCUGCACUAACAUCACAGUUGACUGGUACUCGUGAACGGGUUCGCGGAGGCCCCUGCCCGCAGGCGUUGUCAGUUUACUCCGACAAAAAUGACUCGAAUGGGAAUUUGGAAGUGGGAAUUUACACGAAUUACAGACACCAAACUCUUGACUAAAGAUUUAUAUAAGGUUGUGAAUUGUUAACAGGGGGAAGGGAAAUCAUCUGUGCAGGUGGAUUGCAGUAUGGGUGUGUACAAGUACAAGAUAAUAGUUUUCAUUGGCGGACAGAUAUGCCGACAAGAAGUUAUGAAAAUCUCUGUGCGUGUUAUUGCUGCCUCCAUGUCUGUUCGAUGUUCAGAGCGUCCUUGUAAGCCUUGUUCCUCGUACGAAGAUAGCGAGUGAAAACAAAGACGUGACCACACAACGACCUGACCUUAUUUCUGACCAUCCAGUGUCGGGAUGGGGACAUGCAGCAGUUACUAAAAGACGUGUUUAAAUGAAUAAAACGUGUUUCAUGUUUAAAAUAUAUUGCAAAAAUGAUAAGGAAUAAUGCAGACUAAAUGUAUAAGUAAGAAUAAAUGGGCUUACUGUAACUUAAUAAUAUCCUGCUUUACUUACAGUGGAGGUGCUGUCUUAUGGAGUGCGUUUGCUUUAAAAUACAGUCUCUGAAUCCUUCUCGUAAAGGAGUUUAAUGUUCAUAAAAACUGUUGUUGUUGCAGGGCGAAAACAUUGUGUCCAACAUCGAUAGGCUUAACUCUUUGUGCAGUUAUACUGUGAACAUUUCCUACGGCGACAACUGUUUCGAUGUUGAAUAGAAUAAGCUCUAUGUCACGACGUUAAAAAUGCGGGUAAGUUAAAUUCAGUAUUGUCUUCUACAGUGUGCGACGGUGAAAUGCACCGAUGAGUGUGUAAGUGAAGUAACCGCUCCGUUGUAUCCGGCUCAUGUGUCCAUCCUACUGUGGAUCUAUAGGACCUGCAUGCUGCCGUGAGUUGCGAUCAGCUGUGUCUCGUGUACAUAUUCUGUCUUUUUUUUCUGUUGUAAUAAAUGAGAAAUAUUAUGUUUUUACCAAAAGUGUUUUUGAAAUAUUCCCAGUAACUCUCCUGAUCCUAUGUGCCUAAAAUAAAGUUUGAAUGGAAUAAUG